UGGAAGACGCUGCCAUGGAGUCCUCGCCACUGGCUGAAGAACGCAAUGCCGAGGAGAAUCCCGAUCGAUUACAUUUAAUGCCACAAAAGCUUUGAAAUCUGAGUGACUUCUCUUCGUAUGAUUGUCGAUCAGGUUUCAGGUCUACAAGCAGGCCAGACGUACCGCCUGCAUGUGUCUGCUGGAGUCGGAACACCUUCGCUGAAUUCUGAGCCAAUCAGAGCGCAGAUUAAUGCAGGAACCAAAGAGAUUGAGAUCGGCAUUGAUAAUGAUGGCUUCGUCUUCCUGAGAUUUGAAGCCUCUGAGACGACUGACAAAGACUUUUUUAAGUGGAAUAAGAACUACACAGAAUACAUCGAUGCAGAAUGAGCCCACUUGGAGAGCAAAAGCAACAGAUGUUUACUCAAUAUGUCUUGAUUACACCUAAGGGUGC